GCGGACUAUCGUAAGGCAGGUAUUUAUUGAUACUACUCGAUAAUUUUCACUCAAAGAUAAUUGACUGACUGCUGAGAAUGGCUCGGAAUUAUCCGGCAAACACGCAGAUUCAGAAAUUUUUAGAGGAAUCAUACAAUAAAGAACGAGACACGCGUUUGCAGUGGUUUUACAAACUAAAAGAUUCCAAUGGACAACUUGCCACUUCCAAACAGUCCGAAGUUGCGAGAAGGAAAAUUCAAAAUGCUCCAAAACCCGCAGAGGACAUUUUCAAAAAGCUUCCAGAGGAUUAUACCCCUCCGAAAUUCAACAAAGUGAAAUCGGACUUUAAUGCUUUCCCUGAUAUGUCCAAAGCAGAAGGAAAGCUCCAGCAGCUGGUUGCAGAGAUGCGACCCCCCUCCGCUGGCACCCGGGAAAAGUUAUACGAUGGUUUUACGAAGGAGGGCAAGGGUAGAUAUCAGUAUCUGUGUGAGAGAAAUAGGAAGGGCCCGGAGGAGAAAUUCGCUUUUCCUUUACUGAGUUCUUGGGAAUACGGAUGGAGACUUGGAGAUGUGAUAAAGAAAGAAGAAAUUAAAAAGCCUCCAUACGGUCGUACCCGCAUUGUAGCGGACACUUUCUACACGCGCACUGGAAUUCCAGAUAACCCCUCCGUCAGUGUAUAAAACUCAGGAACGUCAUAAUAUAUUGUGAAAUGUUUAAACUCUGUAAAUUCAAAGUAUUAAUUUACUAUUAUUACAAUGACCACCGAUUCUUCAGUAUUGUAAAAGGAAAAUAAUAGACAUCCUCUUUGAACAGUAUUGACUUUUUUCCAGAGAAUUUUUAAAGUCAUUUAUUUAUGGUGACAUUUAAAUAAUGUUUUAUUGGCCUUGUUGUGAAAUACCUUAUAUGCAAAACUGUGGAAGUAUUAAUGAACUGUUGUCUGCUAAACGUGAUCGUUUGUUUAACACUUAUAGAACGUUAUUGUGUUUUCUUUACAAACAGUACUUACCUGUUUUUGCACCUGCAUUUAGCUAUUGCUCAAACUGUUAGCUCAUAACUCUGUAUGCAUAUUUUGUUACCCGUUUUAUCCCGUGUGAUUGAGAGUUUGAUGAAAGUGUUAUGAUUGUGACAGUGGAGUGUUUGACUGGAAAAAGUGAACCACCUUUUUUACUUUUCCGGGCCCUUUAUCAGUGCCAUCCGUCCAAAUUGGCAAGAGUUUAAUAUAAAUUAUUUAAGUAUAAUUAUAUUGAAUGUAUUUUUAAUAUGAAUGCUUGUGUAUAUAUAUUUGUAUGGAUGAGUUUCGGCUUCAAAAUAUUUUGUACCUCUUGAAAAGAUUAUUUGUAAAUUAAAAAAAAAGAUGCUGAAAAUCACUUUUUAUGAGUUUAUUCUGAGUUAUUAAAUCAUUUGACAACUUGACUUUUUUCCGAUGAACUCGUAUAACGAGUAACAAACACAUAUUGGUGAAUAAACAUAAUAAUAUAUAUAUAACUUACAACCAUAUGUUAUCAGGUGAUAUUUGACUGCGUUGAAAUGUAAUUAACACGAAUAUAUUCCAGCUAAUGUCUGUAUUUAUUUCUACCUUCCUCCUCUCUUACCUGUGAUCACCUGCUAAUGACAAGACAGGUGUUUUCUGUGGUCAUUAGGAGGAAAAAACUGAUGUGGCUGAUGUCAUGAAAUUUUCCUCGUGAGUUGUAUAAUGUACUAAAUAAUGCUGAUUAAGAUAUCUAUAAAAUUGU